AAUAAAUUGGUGAGAUGUUUAAAAAAAUCACAAGGAUUUGAAUGACAUGUUUGGAGUUUACGGAUAAUCAAAUAUCAUGUGUUUCUUGUAGUAGUAUUACUCUUGUGAUUGUUUUUUGACGAUUUGCGCAAUUUGUAUUUCAUUUAAUUGGCGUGAGAGGAUUUGAGAAUAUGCUAAUUGACAUGUGUUAGGUAAACUAUUGUCAUGCAUAUGUGAAAAUUUGUGUUCUUUAAAAAAAAUAUGAAGCAUGUUUGAUAUUGUUUCUGAGAAGGCUCAUAACCCGAAAUGACCUGUAACCCGACCCGAAACCGAAUGGGUUGGAUCAAUAUUUGACUCGAAAUCAGCCAACCAAAUAUGACCCGACCCGUAACCAAAGUCCCCGACCCGGAUUGCCAAGUCUACCCACUGAGCAUGGCGCCACCCAUAAAUAAAUCCCCACCCCUAAAUAAAUCCCCACCCAAAACUCUCCACCUCGCCAUUGCUCUCUAUGUCGACGAGGCUCGAAGACCCAUCGGAGGAUUCUCGGCGCCGCGCAUCUCCCCUGCCAUGCCGGGAUUGAAGAAGAUGCAAGAGGUGGAGAGGUUGAAGAAUCUAUGGAGGCACCGGAAAAGUGCAGUUAACGUCGGGCGCCGAACGAGCAGACACAGCUUCACCGCCGUAGAUUGCUUCACGGCCAGCAAACGCUGAUCUUGACUGUCUGCUCUCCCAGCUUCUCCUUUGUUGCCUUCCGGGUUGUUCAUCGUCGAAUCUCGUCAAUUUGGGUCAAAUCUCAGCAUCCAGAAGGAAGGAUUUGGCCAUAAUAAGAAUUCGUCUCAUCUCGGAUUGGGGCAAGCGCAUCACCCAUGACGAGGAAUGAUGGCUGGUUGCUGAUAAACUCAUUUCGGGAGCAGAUCUAAAACGGUGGAUGUGAGCAGAUCGGCGAGAGAGAGAGAGCAAUGUUUAUGUAUCCUAUAUUUUAUCUUUUUUUUUCCAAUUAGUGGGAAGUAAAAUGAAAGAGAACGGUUGGACUCAUAUGAGGGUGGGGAAAAUAAAUUAAUUUUUUUAUU